AUGGGAGCGCUCCUAUCUCUUCCCUUCCUGGCGCUGCCCGGCGCUGGCACGUUGAUAUCUUUCGCUGCUAGCUGCUGUGGCGCCGCUACAUGCUCCAUGGUAUGCAGCGCCUGCGGGAAGUGCGGCAACAGUGUUGCUACCCGUAUCGCUUACGCCCUCCUCCUCCUCGUUAACUCGAUUCUCUCGUGGAUCAUGCUCACACCUUGGGCCAUCGAAAAACUGCAGCAUCUGAUGUUGGAUUAUGUUAAGAUCAACUGUCCAAACGGCAAGUGUUACGGCUGGCUGGCCGUUCAUCGAAUCAACUUCGCCCUCGGGCUCUUCCACCUUAUCUUCGCCGGCCUGUUAUUCGGUGUCGCCUCUACGAAAAACCCGCGAGCUUCCCUCCAGAAUGGCUUCUGGGGCCCUAAAAUCAUCGCCUGGCUCGCCUUCGUUGUCAUGUCGUUCCUUAUUCCCGAUGCCUUCUUCCAGGUCUACGGUAAUUACAUCGCCUUCAUCGGCGCUAUGCUCUUCCUCGUCCUCGGUCUUAUCCUCCUCGUCGAUCUUGCGCAUAACUGGGCCGAGUACUGCCUUGAGCAGAUUGAAAAGACCGACUCGAAAGUCUGGAGAGGCGUGCUAAUUGGUUCAACCCUCAGCAUGUACAUUGGUUCGCUGGCCAUGACUAUCAUACAAUAUGUAUUCUUCGCUCAUAGCGGCUGCUCCAUGAACCAAGCCGCGAUUACCAUCAACCUCCUAUUUUGGGUUGCCAUUUCGAUUAUCUCGGUACACCCAGUCGUUCAGGAGUACAACCCUAAGGCUGGAUUGGCGCAGGCCGCCAUGGUCGGGGUUUACUGCACAUAUCUUACCAUGUCCGCCGUCUCGAUGGAACCCGACGACAAGCAGUGCAACCCCCUAGUUCGUGCCCAGGGUACUCGAACGACAUCCGUAGUGAUCGGUGCCAUCGUAACGAUGCUAACAGUUGCGUAUACUACUACGCGCGCAGCAACCCAGAGUCUGGGCCUAGGUAACAAUAGGGGUGGUAUCAAGCUUCCAGACGAGGAUGAGCACGAUCUCGUGACUCAACAGCCGGGACGUGAGGAUAUGCGAGCAGUUCUUCGCCGAGCAGUCGAAGAAGGUAGUUUACCCGCCGACGCCCUGCUAUCCGACGAUGAGGAUGAAGAAAGCGGCAAGACGCCGAAUGAUGAUGAGCGGGGUAGAACUCAGUACAAUUACUCGGUGUUCCACGUCAUCUUCUUCCUGGCGACGUGUUGGGUAGCCACAUUGCUCACAGGCACGGUGGAAGGAUUAGACGACCUUCCUCAAGACAGCGACUUCGCGACCGUCGGGAGGACAUACUGGGCUAGCUGGGUCAAGAUUGUCAGCGCUUGGAUCUGCUACGGCAUGUACAUCUGGACCCUGGUAGCCCCUAUUGCCCUACCGGAGCGGUUUGACUUUUCCUAG